AUGGGGAUAAAGCGGCCGGGCCAAUGCGGCGCGGCGGCGUCGCUGGCCCUGCUUCUCCUCCUAGUCGCCGCGCCGCCGCGGGGAUGCGUUGCGGCUGCGGGGAGCGGCGGGGGAGGGCUCACGAGGGGCAGCUUCCCCAAGGGGUUCGUCUUCGGCACAGCCUCCGCCGCGUACCAGUACGAGGGGGCGGUGAAGGUGGACGGGAGAGGGCAGACCAUCUGGGACACCUUCGCGCACACCUUCGGAAAGAUCACUGACUUCAGCAACGCGGACGUCGCGGUGGAUCAGUACCACCGUUUCGAGGAGGACAUACAGCUGAUGGCGGACAUGGGGAUGGACGCGUACCGCUUCUCCAUCGCCUGGGCGAGGAUCCUCCCAAAUGGCGUUGGUCAGGUCAACCAGGCCGGCAUCGACCACUACAACAGACUCAUCAACGCACUGCUCGCUAAAGGAAUCCAGCCAUAUGUGACCCUGUACCACUGGGACCUCCCCCAGGCCCUGGAGGACAAGUACAACGGGUGGCUCGACAGGCAGAUUGUGGAUGACUUUGCGGAGUACGCCGAGACGUGCUUCGCGGCGUUCGGGGACCGGGUGAAGCACUGGAUCACGGUGAACGAGCCGCACACGGUGGCCAUCCAGGGCUACGACGCCGGGCUGCAGGCGCCCGGCCGCUGCUCCGUGCUGCUCCACCUCUACUGCAAGUCAGGCAACUCCGGCACCGAGCCCUACAUCGUCGCCCACAACUUCAUCCUCGCCCACGCCGCCGUCUCCCAAUUGUACAGGACCAAGUACAAGGCGGCGCAGAACGGGGAGCUCGGCAUGGCGUUCGACGUGAUGUGGUACGAGCCCAUGUCGGGCGCGGCGAUCGACGUCGAGGCGACUAAGCGGGCGCAGGAGUUCCAGCUGGGGUGGUUCGCGGACCCCUUCUUCUUCGGCGACUACCCGGCCACCAUGAGGAAGCGGGUCGGGGAGAGGCUGCCCAGGUUCACGGCGGAGGAGGCCGCGCUCGUCAAGGGGGCGCUCGACUUCGUGGGCAUCAACCACUACACCACCUACUACACCAGGCACAACGACACCGAUAUCAUCGUCCGCCUGCUCAACGACACCCUCGCAGACACCGGCACCAUCAGCCUGCCAUUCAAGAACGGCAGAGCGAUUGGGGAUAGGGCGAACUCGAUAUGGCUGUACAUUGUGCCCAGAGGGAUGAGGAGCCUGAUGAACUAUGUCAAGAACAGGUACAAUAGCCCACCAAUCUACAUCACCGAAAAUGGGAUGGAUGACAGCAACAGCCCCUUCAUUGCCCUCAAGGACGCCCUCAAGGACACCAAGCGGAUCAAAUACCACAACGACUACCUCACCAAUCUGGCUGACUCCAUAAAGGAGGAUGGGUGCGACGUGCGCGGCUACUUCGCGUGGUCUCUGCUGGACAACUGGGAGUGGGCGGCCGGGUACACGUCCAGGUUCGGGCUCUACUUCGUGGACUACAACGAUAAGCUCAAGAGAUACCCCAAGAGCUCCGUGCAGUGGUUCAAGAGCCUCCUCAGCUCCAGUUGA